AUGGAGCCAUUUAUGUCCAUGAUUCUCCAGACGCUGGCGUCCAAAGCUGUGAUGUACCCUCCUCUCAAAGAGAUUCAUGACAACUAUCCUGGAUUCUUCAAAGAACAUGGUGCAUCUUUAGAUAAGGAAACUCGGCAACGAUAUGAAAAACAGUAUGAGGUGCUGCCUUUCACUAGUUAUUUGUUUGAGGCGCGCUGCUUUGCAUUGCUGACCUUCAAAAAGGCUAAAUUCUUGGGAAAAUCUGCUUUGAAUUCGAAAAUCAAGCAGGACCAACCACCGACCACAGCGCAAGAUGGUAGUGGAACGGUGAGUAAUGAAAACGGUGCUGGCGGUAUCCCUGACAUGGCAAACUUUGAAACGCUCGGAAAGUUGCUUGUUGAAUUACAAGCCUAUGGUUAUCCUCCUAAGGAGUUGACAGGCGAGCUACCUGCUGGCUGGACUGUUGAUGAUAGGACCGGGUUACCGAAAGUUGACGACAUAUCUGCCGCUGCGAAUGCGUGUACACUGAUGUGA